AUGAACUCCAAAUCUCUCACUUGUUGUGUUGUGUUCUUGCUAUACACCAAUUUGUUUUCUUCUACAUCGACAUCCUCUCCCAUCCACAUCAACUCCACAACAUCAAUCCUCAAUGUCACUAAUUUACCACACUCCUUAUCUCAGUCCCUUGAGGAUUUCGCCCUCAAGACAUUAACAAACCAACAUCACAGCGGUUCUUUAUACCGUGCCAUCUUACCUAAUAAUUUAUCAGGCAUCGAAGUCUCCAUCGUCCGUCUCACCGGGAAGAGUCUCUGGAACGCUGGGGCCAGAUUCAGCAACGUGCUUAUUCCGGCAAGGUCAGUUUCAGUUCCUCCUGCAAGGAGAGUCGCUAUUGUGUACCAAAAUCUAGGGAACUGGUCUAACCAUUGGUAUACCGUACCCGGUUACCGGUUAAUCACAUCGGUUUUAGGGUUUAGGGUUUUGGACGUGUCGGAUCAAGACGACGUCAAAGAGAUCAGUCUAAAGAUGAAAAAUCCUGUAGAGAUUUUGUUUAGGGAAUUAUGGGAUGAAAAAAUGUUAUCUAGGGUAAGUUGCGUGAGUUUCAAGGCACAGAACGAAGACAAGGAAGCUGCUAGUGUAAGCAGAAUGAUUCUCCCGGGUGUGUGUUACGGAUCAAGCCAUGGAGAUUAUUCAGUGAUCGAACCUUUAGAGAAGGAUAAGAAUAAGAAGAAGGUGGUGGUGUUGUGGCGGACCUGGUGGUGGUUGUGGAUGGUGGGACUAGUAUUAGGGUUUGGUUUGUUAUGGUUCUUAGGGUUUGUAUGUACAAUGGGGCUAAGGAUUUUAAGUAGGAAGAAGAUUCAAGUGAUGAUGGAGAGAGAAGCUAAUGAUGGUGAAGUGUUUGAGAGGAGAUGGGUUGGUGGAAGUAAAAUGCCAUCUGCUACUGUAACAAGAACCCUACCAGAGUCAGAAUCAGGAUUUGAAAACGUUUCUCAUGGAUAA